AUGGUAAAGUGUAUAUCAAGACCUUAUGUCCAUUGUGGUGUCGUGAUAAUUUCUGUGCUGUAUUCAAUAAAUUGUCAAGAAACAACUAAUGCAUCAAAAGUGCAAUCAACUGAAUCUGACUACAAUUGGAACGAUGAAGUCCAAAUUACCAGUACUACAAAUUUACCCGAGAGUGGCCACGAAGAUCAAGAGCUCAACCAAACUUCGCGUGAUCUGAACCGAAUAAUUGCUGGUAUAACAGAGCUUCACAAUCAAUCUCAUAUACACCUAUCCACAAGUAUGGCCCGCCGAAUGGAAGUUGUAAAUGCUCGUUUCCAGGAUAGCAUUAACAAAAUGAAAAAUAGCGUAGGCCGCCAAGACAUAGUAUUCCUGAUCGAUGCUAGCUCGAGUGUUGGCCCGAACAACUUUCAAAGUGAAUUGCGGUUUGUCAAAAAGCUACUAGCUGGUUUCGAUGUUAGUAUGGCUCGUACACGAAUUGCGAUAGUAACAUUCAGCUCACGUAAAAAAAUAGUUCGUCAUGUCGAUCAAAUAUCGCAGCAUCACGAGGAUAACAAUAAAUGUCUGUUACUAAAUUAUCAACUACCAAGUAUCGAAUAUAGUGGCGGUGGAACAUACACUUAUGGGGCACUCAAAGAGGCAGAAAUUAUUUUUUCAGGAGACACAUCAGGACAUGAACAUUCAGAGCGUAUUAUCUUUCUUAUAACGGACGGUUACUCGAACGGUCCAAGCCCAAUCCCUAUCGCCCAACGCUUAAAAAAAUCUGGAGUAGAAAUCUUUUCGAUCGGCAUCGAAACGGGUAAUGAUGAGGAGCUGGCCAAUAUAGUCACAUCACAUGAACACCGUUACCUACUGACAAGCUUCGAGCAAUUUGAAUCAUUAGUUCGGCACGCAUUACAUUUAGAUUACAGCCACGGAACAUCUGUUCCCGUUGCAAAUGAAACACUAUGCAAACGAUUAUGCGAUACACCGAAGAUCCGGGAAAAAGGUAUACAAACUUCCGGGUGUUGUGAUGAAAAAGCGGAAUGCAGCUGUCUCACUACUUCGGGGCAUUAUCGUUGCAUAUGUGCACCAGGAUAUGCUGGAUCAGGUCUGCAUGGAGAUUGCCAACCAUGUCCCAACGGAACAUUCUGGACCUCGGAAGGCAUUUGUGAGCCAUGCCCUCACUCCCGUCAUAUUACGUUAAAUUUGAGAGCAGUAUCAGAAAAAGAAUGCGUUUGCCCAAGAGGCUACCAAGAAAACGAAGACCGAGGAUGUGUAGCAAUAACCUGUCCAGAAUUACAAGCCCCACAAAAUGGGUAUUUUGUUAUGGAUCCUAAGCCGUGCAGUCAGGUUUUGAAUGCCGCAUGUGGAACUCGAUGCCGCCCUGGUUACCAGCUAACAGGUAGUAGCAUACGGCUAUGCCAGGAAAAUGGAGAAUGGUCAGGCACGGAGGCAAAAUGUAUUAUGAAACAAUGCCCACCUUUGAGUAUUCCAUACUACGGUACAGCUGUAUGUAGCAAUCCAGACCUCAACCUAUACCAAGAUUACUCUCCACGGAACAAAUCUUUUCUGGUAAACUACAGUAUGACAGCAGAAAGAAGUACGGAAGCGAUGCCCAUCGAUACAGAGUGCUCAUUCACGUGUGGUACUGGAUUUUAUUUAAAGGGAUCACAUAAUCGGAACUGCUUGCCGUUGUCCAAGUGGGAUGGUUUACAAACAACGUGUAAGCAAAUACUUUGCCCUGCGUUACCUAAAGUCGCUUUUGGGACCUAUGACCCAACGGAUUGUUCCGAGUCUAAAUCUGCCUUCGGCACCAACUGCACCCUCAUAUGCGAUUUUGGGUUCGAGAUGAAAGGAGGACCAACAACUAAGCAAUGUGGCGGAAAGCGUACCGGUGUCUGGAACAAGAUGAAAACGCCACGGUGUAUCGAUGUUACUCCUCCAUACAUUGAGUGUCCGGGUAACUAUUCGGUGCUCAUGGACGAUGAUUUUCCAUACGCAUUGGUGAAACGACUUCAUCAGCCAUAUGUGUUCGACAAUAGUGGAGAAAAUUUUACUUACUGGUCGAAACCCGGAAUUAAAGAAGAAGGGAUACGGCUAGUAAUCGGAGCCCACGAAUUCAGUUAUAUAGCUAUGGACGCUUUCAAAAACAAGGCACGCUGCAACUUCUUCGUUACCGUGGUUGACCUAACACCACCAGUUUUUGAACACUGUGUUGACGGAUUAGUACACUACGUUAGCAAUAGGAGCAAUCCGCAAGAAACAUUCAUUCGCUGGGAUGAACCGCAAGUAUAUGACAAUUCAGGAGCUAAUAUUACGAUCUUACAGAAUGUUACCUUUGGUUAUCUUCCGGCUGGAACCCAUUGGGUUCAAUACCGUGCAGUCGAUCUUUCGGAAAACGAAGCUGAAUGUGUUAUGAAGGUUCAAGUUAAGGAAUAUACUUGCGAUAUCGUGCCAGAGCCACAAAAUGGAUUUUCAAUAUGUGCUUAUAAUUCAUCGCACGUCUGGUGCGAAGUUGGAUGCAAGGAAGACUACAUGUUUAGUAUGCAACCAGAAGAUACGAUCCACAUAGUUUGCGAUCGAGAUCAUCCAACGUGGAACGAACAUCUGGAUAUACCCGAAUGUAGUAAGGUAAUUGAAUCAAACAGCGUAGAAAAAAUUUUAACGAUUCAGUUAAGCAACGAGAUGGAUCCGAAUCUUUGCAAUGACACGGAGGCAAUGAAUGAGGUAUCACAAGCAUUCAACGAUGAACUACGCCAAGAAUUAUGUGGGAAUCAGCUAGAUUGUUCACUUAUGACUACUUUACCGACUUGUCUUUCGAACACAACGCAAAUUCAUACAAAUGCUGAGGAAGCAGUAAAAUACAAUAUCGUAAGGCGUAGACGUCAGACGUCUGAUUCUUCACGAUCAACAGAUCGGUCCACCGUAAAAGUAUACGUAUAUAAACGAGUUUCUCAGGAGUUAGGACUAUGGCGUUCGGAUGGAAAACAAUCAGAAAACAUAAAGCGUAUCAAGGAGGAGCUUGAAAAGAUCAAUGGAAAGAAAAAACUUCGCCGCCGACUAGGUUCAUUGAAUCUAGAUCUUAGCGUACUGAAGUUGGACGAAAAGAUCCGUUGCGCAAAUGGAAGCAUUUCUAAAAAUUUAGUUUGCGUGCACUGCCCAAGAGGAACAUAUCACAAUUAUACAACCAAUAGCUGCUUCAACUGCCCAAUUGGAUCGUUCAAUGAUCAGACGGGAAAAACAACUUGUCAGUCAUGUCCAGAAUAUCAUUCUACACGGAAAAUCAACUCCAAACAUGCACAUGAAUGCAAACCCCAAUGUCCACCUGGCUCCUUUGCCAAGCUAAAACAUCUGAAAAAAGCCAAAGCAAAUGGGACCGGCGGAAUUACAAAAUACCACAAAACCCUUAUGCCUUUCUGUCGACUUUGCGAGCCUGGACAGUACCAGGGACAGUACAAUCGAGCGCAAUGCCAGCAGUGUCCAUCAAAUUAUAGCUCGCCACGUGGAUCGAAAACUGUGAGCGAUUGCUUUCCAGUUCGUAGGAUGUGUGAAGAUAUUACCUCCAAAACGUGCGGUUUCGCAGGUCGUUGCGUUUUAGAUUCUACUUCGGUGCUGGGUUAUCAAUGUAUCUGCGAUGAUAAUUUUGUUGGGGACCACUGUGAAAUAUCUCUUAAUUUAUGCAAUUCUGCACCAUGCUUCAAUGGUGGUCGUUGUGUUAUGCUCAAUCACACUACCUUUGAAUGUCAUUGCCAGCCUCCGUUUAGCGGAGGGACGUUAUGUGAAGUUUAUGUUGAUCCGUGUCGAUCCGACCUUUGCGAGAAUGGUGGAAGCUGCGUGGAGGCUGAGGGUAGACCCAUUUGCGAGUGUCCAUUAGGUUACGGAGGUGAUCGUUGCGAAUUCCGAAAAGAUUUUUGUACGCCAAACCCUUGCGAAUUUCAAGGAGUGUGCAUUAAUGUAGGCGAAGGUUACAGUUGUUCAUGCCCACUAGGUAAAACAGGACGACGCUGCCAUCUGGAACCAUGUGAUAACCUGCCAUGCCCUAUUGGAACACUAUGCUUGAAUGUCUUACAUACAGAACAACAGCAAAACAAUCGUGAAACAUCGCUCGACUUAUCAGUUACGUCUGUAAACUACAAAUGUGUGUGUCCAAGAGGACUUCGAGGCAGUAACUGUACCCUAAUAGAUAAUCCAUGUGAAACGUAUAAGCGGAAUUUCUGUCUUAAUGGCGGAACAUGUGAACCAGUCAAACUACGUACGUUUCCCGUCAACUCUAAAUCGAUCAUAUUUGACGAUGAUGAUAAUGAGGUAUAUCGCGCCGUGCGUUGUCAUUGUCUUCCUGGGUAUCAUGGAGACAAUUGUGGUCUAAAUCUGUCGAAUACCUUUGAACUUGGCUUCCCUCCCACUGGGGUCAAUGCUUACGUGAGAUUAAAAAACCCCAAAAAAGACGAUAUCAGAGCAAUUGGCAUGUGCGGAUGGUAUAAAACAAAUGAUGAUUUUAAUUAUGGAUCGCUUUUAUCCUACGCAACUGCCAGUUUUGACAACGCUUUCACUCUUACAGAUUACAGCGGUCUAGUGCUGUAUGUAAAUGGAGCACAUUCCGUGACGAAUGUGUCCUUAAACGACGGAGAAUGGCACUUUAUGUGCCUCAGCUGGAGCAGUGCUGGUGGGCAGUAUAAGCUUUAUCUCGAUGGAAAGCUGAGCUUCAGUGGUCAAAACCUCAGUCAAGGAGUACCCAUCAAACCAGGAGGCCUGUUCGUAUUUGGACAGGAGCAAGACGUGCUUGGAGGUGGGUUUAGUGAAUCUGAAUCUUUCCGUGGCCGAAUGGCUUACGUGGAUCUGUGGGAUCAUGAAUUGCAGCCAUCUGAAGUAAGUCACUACUACCGAACCUGCGAGCCAUACAACGGAAAUUUGAUUCGCUGGAUGGACUUACGCUUGCAAACAGUUGGUCAAGUACACAUUACUAGCUCAGAAUUUUGUCAAGAUUGUAUACGUAACCAAUCACUUCCCAAUGGAUCAAUUAGAUAUGACAGAAUGAAAGCAAUGUUUUUUUGUAACGAAGGGUACGAACUGAUCGGAACACCCGUUGCAGAGUGCUUACGUACGUCUCAGUGGACUCCUGGUGUACAGUUCUGCAAACUUAUACGCUGUGGUUCGCUAAGCCCUCCAUUAAACGGUCGUGUCAUUUUAUCAAAGACUAGCUACGGUGGCGAGGCUCGAUUUGGCUGUGAUGAAGGCUUCUUUCUUAGUGGGACAGAGAUCUUACACUGUACAUCUAAGGGUCUUUGGUCCUCAUCUGUGCCACAGUGCAUCAGCAUUGUUAAAUGUCCUCCACUUAUUUUAACUGAACGUGAUGGUAAGACACCUAUCAUAUACGCUACCGAGCAUGGUGUUAUUAAAGACUCUUUGGAUGAAUACGAUGUUGGCACACUGGCCGAAGUUCGCUGUCUGCCAGGAUUUGUACUAACGGACGAGAAUCUGCUGACGUGCCUGGAGAGCGGGCAAUGGGAUCUACCGCUGCCGGAAUGUGUUCCCUUUGACGAGACACUAGCAUCAACGACAGCAAAUACGAGUGGAGAGAUUCAACUAGCCAAUCAAAGUCUCAUCAUAAGAGUAAAUCGAAGGCCAGAUGUUCUGUUUUGGAAAAAUUUAAAGGAUUAUUUGUUUUAUGGUUGUGGACCCUCCGACAUGCCAGCUCGUAGAUUGUCUUUGUUCUGCUACACUGCGUCCGGUACUGUUGUUGGCAAUAAUUGGACAGAUUUAAGUGAUUUUUCCUUACAGAAGAAUGCAGGUCAUAUUACAAAUAUUGAUGUCAAACUUCUGUCCUUUUUGAUGCGCACAAUCAAACCAAACGUAACCAUGCUUGUGCCUGCAAAUUUACUAUAUUUUAUUCUUUAUGGUACGGUAGAACCUAUUCCACUUGAAAUGCGAUAUCCUGAGCACAUCGAAAAUGCAUACCGAUUUGUUAUAUGUCAAUUCAUCGACAUCAUUCUGAUGGAUCGUGAAUUGAACUUCGACGAUGAGAUUGUGGUUAACAUUGGCCAAGAGGAGAACAUCAACACAAAAAUAAAAUAUUUGCUAAAAAAUGUAGUGCAGUUUAUCUACCACCAGUACCAGCGCCUGGUAGAAGACCGUAACGCUCGAGAAACAGCAGCAUUAAAAAAAAUUAUUGAGUUGGCCGAAGUAACGCAACCGGCCAUGGCGAUGCCAACAGCAGCACCAAAACGAUGUCCAUUAAAUAACUUACCAAGUCCACCAAUUGACAGCCAUUUAGUAGCAGUUGAGCUGCGUCACCUCAAACUCCAUCAUCCAGAUGAGAGGCGUUUCGAGAAGCUACAGUACAGUGAGCUAGAAGCGGAAGUUGGUGAUCAUGUAGAGUAUAGCUGCAAUGCUGGUUUCAGCAUGCGUGGCUCAGGUGCAACAAUGUGUGGCCUUGGUGGGCUCUGGACCACCGUCGAGGGAUUUUGUGAGGGUGCUGUAUGCGAUGAUCCGCCCUUUAGACCGAACAUGUUCGUCGCACCCGAAUCACGUGAUGAGCAAUACUACGUAGACGAUGAGAUCGAAUAUCGCUGCGAUGCAGGAUAUGAAAUCAAAGGACAUCCAAUUGUUAAGUGUCAACCUAACGGACGCUGGACUCACCCUAUGGCCCAUUGUACACGUAUUUCAUGUGGAACACCAAAGAUUUUGGCAAAGGCUAUAAUAAUUGCUGGCAAUUCGUUCUUGUAUGGUGAUUCAUUGAAAAUACGCUGCCAACACCGAAUUGUAGACAUCACAUGUGAGUCAAAUGGCCAAUGGACGUCGUUCGAUGAGUGUUUUUAG